GGCCAUACGCCGAGCAUCGAGUUGAUCAUCAAAUAGUAAGAGCGGCAUCGAAUGAGGCGUGAGGCAUGGCGCACCUGAUCACAGUCGCCACGGUCGGCAAGCGAUCGAGGCACCAAGAGGCGGUCAGCGAAGCGCCGGGGCAAGAGCCGGAGCCAGAGUCGAGCAGUCAGCCAAACCCUCACCCCACAAAAGGUAAACAGGCCAUGCAGGCCACAUGCAGGUCAUUCUCAAGACACGCUUCGAGGCCACAAGCCCAGAGGCCAGAGGCCAGAGGGCCACAAGACGAGGAGAAACAGGGCUGAGGCAGGCCGAGGUCACUCCGUCAUCUCUUACCGACCGCUCCAUCCCACCAUAUCCCCUAUCCCUAUCCCAUCUCCUCCUUCCUCUCCAUUCUUCACCUCACUCUCACCAUCAGUCUCCUGCCCGCCGACACCCAUCCAUCCAUUUCCUCCAUCCAUCCAUCCCUCCAGCCCGUUCAUCCAUCCUUUCAUCCAGUAAGUUGACAUCAUCCACCCCUCCAUCACUCCAUCCAUCCACUCGCCCCUCCAUUGCAUCCAUCAAAUUACACCCGCACCACCGACGCGUUCGGCCUCCACCUAGAUGAUGCGUGCGCCCUCCCUCACCUCCAUCCUCAACGCACGCGCCCUCCGCUUCUCCACUUCUCCACUCCCCGAUACUCCCCCUCUCUUACCUGUUGCUAACCCACUCUCUCGCGCCUUGCUCAGGCCCAUCUAACUGCUCUUUAAUCCUCUCGCACGUC